UCUUUUUUCAUCCUUUUCUUGCUUCGGUUAUUAAUGGAUUUUGGGAUCGGGAUUCCAUUUCCACCCGCCUAUAAAUACUUCGAAAUUUCAUCUACUUGCAGUUUUCGCUCUCUACAGACCUUUCUUUUCCGGUGAUUUCAACCAUUUGCCGGCGUCCUCGGCCCGGCGCUCGUCCAUCAUUUCCGGCGACCAUUUGUUUAUAGGCUGCUAUCUUCGGACGGCCAUUUCCGCGGAGGUGAUGCUGUUGGCUUACCGGCGAAACAGAAUUUCUGGCGUUACCAUCAUUUCCGGCAGUGGUUUUCCUUACAUUCAACGUGUUUCCUGUUGCAGGCCCCAAAUCUCUCUGCUCCGUGAUUCGGAUCGAUUCUGGAGAAAGAAGGUCGAAGGACUAGUGAAUGCAGAGCUCAAGAAUACAAUCACUUCUUGUUCUGUUUCUCCUUACUCUUCAGUCCCAUUACUGAUCAUUACUCAGGUAAUUAGCACAAUACUGAAAUGAAUUCGAAAAAGAUUGGUGGCAUGGCCUCCUCAGCUGCUGCUGCUAAUUCAUCACCUAAGGGAAAAGGCAUAGUACCGCCCUCUGGAGUCUCUGACUUUGGCAACAACAGCCCCAAGCUUGAUCAGCCGAUUCAAGCAGUGGCACAUCAUAGCAUAGAUGCUGCAGAAGAUGGUGCAUGGGAGGUUUGUGGUAAGAAAUCUAAGAACCGAACUGGGAAUGGUGCUGCGAAACAGAGGGGAGCCUCAACUGCUGCCCCAAAAGCCUGGGGGCAUCCAGAAAUGUCUCAAAAGUCGUCCAUGUCUGGUAAUGGUCAGACAGGAUGGGCUUCUGAAAGUAAUUGGCAGACACAGACAGUUGAUUCUAAGAGACAAGCUGGCAGAGUAACUGCAAAGCCUGUGUCAUCUACUAGGGGUUGGGACUCUGCCUACACGGGGCCACCCCCUGUCAUACGUCCUCCUCUUCAGCAUGGGUGGCAAUGGGCUUCCAGGACUGGUUCCUCAAAUGUUUCUGAGUCUAAGACUUCAGAAGAUGUCCGAACCAAGAAUAAUGCCAGUUCAAAGCUUCUUUAUCAGGGAUCUCCUGCAGGAGAAGACUCUGGGUCUGACAAAGGCGGCCAGCAUCCUGAUGAUGCUUCUGAUGAUGAUGAACUUGUGGUGGACAGUGAUGAGGAUCUGGAAAGUGAUGACUAUGAUUCUGAUGUGAGUCAAAAGAGCCAUGAGACACGGAAGAAGAACAAGUGGUUCAUGGCAUUCUUCAAAGCCCUGGACAGUUUGACUGUUGAGCAGAUGAAUGAACCAUCAAGGCAGUGGCACUGCCCAGCAUGCCAUGAUGGCCCUGGUGCUAUUGACUGGUACCGAGGUCUACAACCUCUUAUGACCCAUGCAAAGACAAAAGGUGCCAAAAGGGUGAAGCUACAUCGGGAACUUGCUGAACUCUUGGAUGAGGAACUGCAUAGGAGGGGAACUUCAGUAAUUCCGGCUGGUGAGUUAUUUGGUAAAUGGAAGGGUCUGCGUGAGACUGCAACUGACCAUGAGAUUGUCUGGCCUCCAAUGGUUAUUGUUAGAAAUACAAUACUUGAGCAAGAUGAAAAUGAAAAGUGGCUAGGCAUGGGAAAUCAAGAGCUUCUUGAAUAUUUUAGCUCUUAUGAUGCAGUGAGGGCUCGUCACUCUUAUGGCCCUCACGGUCACCGCGGGAUCAGCAUUCUGAUGUUCGAGGCUUCUGCAGUGGGCUAUAUGGAGGCUGAACGUCUGCAUAAGCAUUUCAUAGAGCAAGGAACAGAUAGAGAAGCUUGGGACCAUCAUCCAGUAUUCUUCUAUCCGGGUGGACGGCGCCAGCUGUAUGGUUAUAUGGCACGCAAAGAAGACAUGGAUAUUUUCAACCAACAUUGUCAAGGCAAAUCAAAGCUAAAAUUUGAGAUGAGGUCAUACCAAGAAAUGGUUGUGAGCCAAAUGAAGCGGAUGAGUGAGGAUAAUCAGCAGCUGAUUUGGCUUAAGAACAAGGUUGCCAAACAAAAGCAGAAUGAGAAAGUGCUUGAAGAAACUGUGGGGGUGAUGAGCAAGCAGCUGCGUAUUGCUAAUGAGGAGAACAGGAUCGUGAUGCAGAGAUCAAAAGCCCAACAUGAAGAAAACAAGGAAGAGAUGGAUAACAUGGAGCGCUUUUUCAAGGAGAAAAUGGAUGUCAUUCAUGAAAGUCUGGAAGAGAAGGAAAGAGUUUUUGAGAAAUUGCUCCAGGAAGAUCGAGAAAGAGCCAAGCUGUCUAACACCGAUUCUGGAAGCAAAGAAGAGCGCAAAGUCAGGCUUGAAGAGAUUGCUCGAUUCAUUGAUAGCCAGUCAAAGGGGAUUAAGGAGUUUGAGGCAGAGAGGGAGAAGCUGAUACGAUUGCACGAAGAUAAGAAGACGGAGCUGAAGCGGAGGUAUUUGGAAGAAGAAGUGGAACUGGAGAAGGAAUUUGAUGCUAUGCUGACCCAACUGAUGGACAAGUACACCCCCCAUUCAUCUGAACCUUCCACAAAUUCUUGAAAAGUGCGAGCCUAGAAACAAAGACCAAAAAGAAAAAGAAAAUAACUGCUUUUCUCUUUCUUUGCUGUUAUUCUUCAUCUGGGUUUUGCUUCUCUCUUCAACUGAUGACUGAAAUCUUUUGGAAAAAAAAAAACACAGAUUCUCUGUUUUAACACACCAAGAUUGAACUAACUCCUUUCUCUACUGCUUUAAUACGAAACCAAAAGCAGAAACUGAUUGAGGUAA